CCCAUGAAGCCCCUGAAGGCGGCCGCCACCACGUCACAGCCGGUGCUGAGCGGGCAGCAGAUCGAGACCAUCUUCUUCAAGGUGCCCGAGCUCUACGAGAUCCACAAGGAGUUCUACGACGGCCUGGGCCCCCGCGUGGACUGCUGGAGUCAGCAGCAGCGGGUUGGCGACCUCUUCCAGAAGCUGGCCAGCCAGCUCGGGGUCUACCGGGCCUUCGUGGACAACUACGAGGCCGCCAUCGAGAUGGCUGACAAGUGCUGCCAGGCCAACGCCCAGUUCGCCGAGAUCUCUGAGAACCUGCAGGCUCGUGGUGCCAAGAGCUCCAAAGACCCGACGCCCAAAAACUCUUUGGAAA